UGUUAUGACACAGCGCCGGCUUUCGCCUGUCUAUUGCAACAGUCAGGAACACGUCCAUGUCGGCCGGACACAAAGAUUUACAGCGUUGUUGUAGGUCACUCCGUUGAGUACCAACUGCAAGAGGGUGACGGCUGUGGAUCAGAGAAAGUUUUCUGAUCCGAGAAACCCAAAUAUAGAGAGGGAGAAAGAGGGCGUUACGAAGACGACGGUAGAAAACCGCUCAGAAAUCUACUACUUGACGAACUGCGGCAUAACAGCAUUGCAUCGGUGAUAAUUUCAGAUGUUUUUAUGCUUGUAUCAGUCGGGUGUUUGGUGAUUGAGGUUCGACGGUCCGAUGUAGUCAAGACUGAGUGUCCGAGCUGCGAUUGUCCGAAGAAAGUGUCCCUAGCCGAUCGAAACAUUGGAGAAAUUAGAGAAGAGCUGAUGCUUGCACGAUACUACCGUCAUUAUUAUCAGAGAAUCGCGCAGUUUUCGCGCGACAUCGCGGAUGCUCACCGGCUUCGUGCAGAAAAUCGGCUUAGGUGGCCGGGAUUAGUUGAAAGGUGCGUGCCGCGUGAAGUGCACGAACUGUCAGAUACAUGCACAUGUGAAUCCAGUCGUCAGGUUAUCAGUACGGUCAAUUUGUGAGAGAUAACAGUGACCAUAUAUAUGUUUAGAACCAGUAGCUAAUAAUUAUUUGUGCACGAUCCCUAGCAGUGUUGGAGUGGCGGAACUACGUAAACUCCGCGACAACCUUGUGGUUCGCUCACGUUUUCUGGACGGUACCAACUCCGUAUCUAAGUCAACACCAGGGUGCGGCGAUAGUAGGGCAGCAGCUGCUAUUUCCGCUGAACGGCCGAUGAAUCAGACCGUAGACAAAAAGUAACAUCAUAGCUCGAAUGGGCUUCGAAUUUACACUACUUGUGAUGAAGUUCGUGAUGAUGAAGCUGGCUUAAGUCGCGACGAAAUUUCAUCCUCCGAUUCCUCUGGCCAAGUUACCUCAUCGAGAGCUGAUACCGACUUUUUCAUGAGAGGGGUCUCUUUUUCACGAGCUUUACAAAGGCCAGACGGGCACGUGACGGUGCGAGUCCGAAGUUAAAACAGGAGAAGGCCAGAUAAAACUGUCCUUCCGUAUAAACAGCGUGAGCUGUUCGAAGUGGUGACAGUCGAUAAGUGUAAUCGAUUUAUCGGGUGGCGGGGUCAGCCGUUAAGACAGAUAAACGAGGGGAAACAAGACCAUAAAAUGCGAAAUUAUAGAAAGUUUCUGGCGAUCGUAGAUAUCGUUAGACCCGUUGCUUGGCUCCAUUGAUAGAAGUACAACACCACGUUUUUGGCUUGUGGUUACGCUUGUGUGUGUGUAGCCUGUAAGUGGAAAGAGAAUCUGUUUGCGUCGUUCUUUCAAGUACCAGUUCUUGCUGAUUAUUUGAGAAUGGCGCUGGCGGUUACACAUGUGUUAAUGACUAUUACAUCAGUUAACUAAUCGAAUUUAUCAAGUAACUUCCCAUACUUCUACAACAAUUGAAGUUCAAUUGAUGCAACAACACGAACUACGGAACAGUUUGUUAUCUAGAAUAGUGACACCUAAUCGGCAAAGUUCAUUUCGAUUGCGUUAGUGCAAAAGUAGAUGAAAAAAGUUAACGGGUUACCCAUAUUGUUUCGUGACGUCUCUCGUCGGUGCUGAACGGCCUUAACGCUAAAACAUUCUAACGAUGAGCUAACGGUAACAGCGCGAAUUCGUGCUGGCCGAAGUAUACUGAAGCCAAAAGUCAUGUAGUAUAAGGUAGAUCAUCUUUGACGGUGGUUCGUUCGAUCCGUACUAUUCAACCCGAGCUCAAGGUGAUUAAGUUAGCCGUACCUAAAUUUCUAAUGGAAUCAUCCAUCUGUGACCUCUUCAGUACAAUUUUAUUUAGUCAUCGCGGCCUGGUUAAGAAGUGCAUCGAAGUACCAAUGAUUAUGAAGUGCUGCAGAUAAUGGUUUGACGCUUUCAGGGCGAUAUAUAUAUAUAUCAUACUAGAAGAUCGGACAGUAAAAAGUGAGGACUAAAGAUAAACGAAGUACUGCCUUCACCAUCUGAUCAACAGACGACGCAGCAGCAGCAGCGGCCGAAGUUCUUCCCUCUGUGCAUAAACACAUGUGCCUGUCGCAACGAAUAUAGUUAUCAGCUGUUCGAUGGAUUAUGGGGUGUUUGUACACCAGUUGCUACGGUCGGCGUAUACCGGAAUCUGUGGUGACUCGGCAUGGAGUCGUCCUUUUUUUGGUCUUUGCCGUUUUUCACCUAAAUCAAGUGUCCGCCAGUGGUCAGUCGGGACUAACCGCCUCCAAUCAUAGGACCCGGGACACGACGAUACCUGAUGAACACGCCCAUACAGGAAUGGUCCAACCGACAAACUCUGAUCCUCAGGUUACCCCUCUGCAUUCGACGAUUUCGUCAAAUAACCACAAUGGUGGCCACCGGGCCGGUCACCACGAGCGACCGAAAACGUUCAUAAUUGCCGCGAUCGACUUUGAACACGUGUCCGCCCCGUUCAUCAUUGUCGUAUGGAUAAUCAUCGCUGGAUUGGCCAAAAUCGGCUUUCACCUAACUCCAAAGCUGCAUCAAAUCUGUCCCGAAUCCUGCAUUUUGAUCGUUAUUGGAGUAAUUAUUGGCCUACUCUUUCACUACGCUGGCGUCCAGGAAUUCAACAAUCCGCUUACGCCAACCGUAUUCUUCACCUACAUGUUACCGCCUAUCAUUCUCGACGCAGGAUACUUCAUGCCUAAUAGGUCGUUUUUCGAUAAUCUUGGGACGAUCUUAAUGUACGCGGUCGUAGCCACUGUAUGGAAUGCCCUUACAGUUGGUUUAUGUCAUUGGGGUGUCGGGCUUACGGAAUUUUACGGGCCAACGCCAAUCGGGAUACUCGAGUGUUUUCUAUUUGCGUCAAUCAUCGCAGCGGUGGAUCCCGUAGCCGUGCUUGCGGUGUUCGAAGAGAUUCACGUCAACGACCUUCUCUAUAUCAUCGUAUUCGGGGAGAGUUUGCUUAAUGAUGCCGUAACUGUGGUAUUGUAUCGCAUGUUCGAAACGUACUCGAUUCUGGGAAUAGAAAAUGUCACUGCGGUGGAAGCGAUCAAGGGGAUUAUCAGCUUCUUCGUUGUCGCUCUUGGAGGAGUGGGUGUCGGAAUUUUGCUAGGACUGAUUGCAGCGUUCACGUCCCGUUUUACUCAUCAUGUACGGCCAGUUGAGCCUCUCUUCAUUUUUCUCUUUGGCUAUUUAGCCUAUUUGCUCGCGGAAAUGUUUAAAUUAAGCGGCAUCUUAUCUCUGACAUGUUGUGGCAUGACGAUGAAAAAUUACGUGGAGGAAAAUGUCUCGCAAAAGUCUCAUACAACGAUUAAAUACGGAAUGAAGAUGAUUGCAAACUGCUCGGAAACUAUUAUCUUUCUCUUCCUCGGAGUAACAACGGUCAACGACAUGCACGAAUGGAACACACAAUUCAUCUGCUUAACAAUUCUGUUAAUUUCUGUCUUCCGAACACUAGGUGUCAUAAUCUGUACAUGGCCAUUGAACAGAUACAGACUACAUAAACUGAACAAGGUUGAUCAGUUUAUUAUGUCUUACGGAGGACUGAGAGGUGCUGUUGCUUUCGCUCUCGUCCUCGUCGUCGAUGAGGAGGUGGUUCCUCAGAAGCGGAUGUUUGUAACGACUACGAUUGCGGUCAUCUACUUCACGGUAUUCUGCCAGGGAAUGACCAUCGGCCCGCUAGUCCGCUUGCUCAAUGUACCCACAAAAGACUCUACUCGUAUUUCAAUGAACGAGCGUCUGCACACGCGGCUGUUUGACCAUCUAAUGGCUGGAAUCGAAGAUAUCACUGGCAUGUUUAUGGGCAACUACAAACUGCGAGACAAGUUCAAGCACUUCAAUAAUCGAUGGAUCAGACCUAUCCUGCUAAAUGACGAUCGUGUACGGGAACCUAAGAUCCUCGAGACCUGCUCAAAACUCACCAUGGCAGACGCGGUGAACAUUGUCAAAAAAAACAAUUCGAUGCUCAACACUUUAGCGAUGUCGAAGGAAAAUGGUAUGUCUUUAUCAAGUAUCGUCCGUACCUAUACACAGAGCAAUCUAAAUGCCUCAGGAUCCUUCGGCGGUCCGGGUCUACCUCGGAACGAUUCUUUCGGAGGAAUUCCUGUAGGAGACCGAGCUACUGAUCUGAAUUAUGAUAUGAACGAAUUGCAUUGGUCGCCCAGCGGGAAGGAUAUUCAGGAAGCAGAACUUCAUCAUGUUUUGAAGGAUGCGCUUGCCAAGCCUAAGUCGCGGUAUAUCCGCUGGCGGGACGAGCAGCGAUCCCCGAGCGACAGAGGCCACUCGGUAUCAGGUGCUAAUCCUCUACAUCACGAAAUCAGGUUGCAUGCAAGAAGGGUAAUGAGCGAAGAGGCCCGCAAACGCAAUUUACGCCGUCAACAACAGCGUCAACAACAGCUGACCAAACACUCACACAGGUUGACGCUAUGCGGUGACCAAUCUAGAAGUCAGAUGAAAUUAUCCCGCAGCUCAUCGUUCGACUCUUAUUGCGGGAACGCUGUGGAAUUGCUUUCAAAGUCGAUAGGUACCAUUGAUGACACGUUCUCAAAACGCUCACUGCCGGAAGGUCUCAGCAGUGCCGCUGGGGAGGUGACGCUUUGCUGUUGCAUUGACGUCGAAAUGGUGGACUUCGUCCUUAAAGACCAAGACAGCAGUGUCUCCAGCGACGAGACGCAAAUGUCUGGGGGCUACCGACGUGGAGGAGUUCGUGCCGGCUAUGGCGGCGGCGGAGGAGGCGGCGGCCUCGGCCAAAGAACGAAGAGCCACUCGCACUUCAACCAACCGGAAACGAUUGAAGAGGGCCCACAUCAGCAACUUGGAAGAUAUAACAAGGACUUUAAUUCAAACCUCGAGGACGAGGAGGGCAUCACUUUCGUCGCCAGAACAGCGUCUCAACGAGACCCUCAAAAAGAUCGCAAAGUUCUAACCGAGGCUGAAGCUGUUUUGCCCUGGAAAAGAGGCGACGAAAAUCUGGCAGAAGACGGAAGUGUUGGUCAGGGGUCAUCUGCGAGCCGUCCAAUGCACGAAGUGCCUUCGUGGUUUGAGAACAAGGAGUACACCCGAUAUCGAUCACCUACUGCAACGCUCAUCAACAGGUGGAACCAGCAAAUCGGCAAGAGGCUCACCCCAGGCACAACAAGGAGCCGGAAGAUAAUGUUCGUCUCUAAGAAGCUCUUGUUUAAGAUUACGGACUACCGCUAUUAUUAUUUGAUCAUUAUUUGUAUUAUUGUCACUGUCAAGAAACAGCAAGUUCCAAAAAUGACAACUUGUUUGAUUGAAAGGGAAUAGAAGCUUACAAAACUAAAAUAACCCUGGUCUACCAGGUCGUUCCAAGGGACUUUCUAAAAACAGGCGGUGCUGUGAUUGCUGGAUCACCUCAUGGAUAGCCUUUUAGACCAUUCCAUAGGUGAGAAGGCUUAAGCCACGCUUUAAUUUAAAGAUGAGCUAAUAACAAAUGUCACUUACGAAUAAAACGACGAAAAAUUAGGCGAAAGUUAAGUACAAUACCGGGUCAGUACCGAUGUGCGCAUCGGAUAUCUAUAGGAAAAUUGUAGUAACGAGGUCGAUCAUACGCAACCGGAUGUCCAAUGCAAUUGAAAGGAUGUCCAAUACUUCUAGAAAUGCCCGUAUCCUACAUUUUGGGUUGAUACUUUUCAGCCAAUUUCGAGUGACCUACGUUUCAACUAUUACAUCCGGUAUUACCGUUAUGCAUUCCAUCAGACGCUUCUAAUACGAAACAAAUUGUGUCUAUACUCGGAUUCGAUGUGUCCUUAAGAUUAGGAAGUAGAUACGUUACACACUACGCUGCCACGAGGACGGGAAUUUCGAGUAACAUAUAAUUGCCGAAACGCGACAGGACAUGUAAAUAUUGAGGAAAACGAUAAAACGGACCAGUGCCACACAGCCUAGAAAUCGCUAACAAAAGGAGGUUUUACUAUUGGCAGUGUACAAAAAGGCCGGUUGUACGCAAAAGUUCGAAUUUUCCCUGUCCAAGAAUAUAUAUUCCGGUAUGGCAUCCUCCCGCUAAGUGAGACGGUAUUUGAUUGACGUAGUAGAGUAUUAUUGUCAGUAGGCGCGCGCCAACGCGCUAUAGUACAGUUUCAAUGACGGAACAGUAUGUUCUGGUCAAACUGUAUGUCCUGCCCCGAUAUAGAUAAACAGACGAAGUGGUCAAGAGAGACCGAAGGUCUGAAGAAAAGCAACGACGAAACCAGUCAAGCUAAAUAUUAAAAGAUAUCUCUCUAAACACACUAUUAAGAGCGAAACAAAGUUGGGUUUGUGUUCAUUCCAAGGAGAUAAAAACAUUUUUCGAAAAAAAAACUCCAGAAAAAUAUGGAUGGAAAAUGCACUACAACAAGGAGAAAAUAAUUAACCUUACUGCAUGUCGUUUGCCAUUAGUACAAGGAAACAAUGACGGAAUCAAUGGCGGAUUGUUUACAUACACUACCGUAGAUCAAACAAGAGACACAUGCACAAAGCCAGCCACAAAAGGUGACUAACUGAUGUAUGCCAACAAGUUGGCUGUAUGAAACAUUUUCGCUUUGUCCGCAUAUUGUUACAUUGGGACCAUCUUAUCGAAACGUUUUAGUCCUCAGAGAACCCGUCAAUCCACCGACGCUUCUCUAAAAAGGUCGAAAAACAUGUAUUAGUAUAAUACGCUAUUACUGAACUUUGUUCCAAAAAGUAACUACGACAUACAGGUACCUAAGGAUAUCCCUACACAUAAUCACGUUUUAGUUUAUAAGAAGCUCUUCACGUUUUGCAGGCAACAUUGAUUCUUAUAAGCUUUGCCAAUAAAAGGUAAAUUGACCGUUGCUAUUCGAACCGAACCUAUUUGGGGUAGCGUAAACUUUUAAUAUAUAUGAGACCUGCGUGACCUCGUCAUCCUCUGCUUUUGGGGAAGCUAGAUAUCGGCAUUGGGAUGGUGUCAUAAACAGAAUGGUAAUUGUAGCCACUUGCGCAACACAAACAGGAGUUUACGUAUAUAUUCCUACUUUAUCCAUGCAUGUUGGUCGUAGAUUCACCUUCGCGUCAUGGAUAGAAAAGUCGUUAUAAUAGCAUUUGCGCCUUAGUUCCACUGGCUUUCCUCCAUCGUGGUCCUAUUUAGCGCCCGUGAUAAUAAUAGUUGUGGCCAUAAUGGUCGGAGGACCAUGGCUGGUUCAGUGGGUGCUGACGAUUUUACUUUAAACAUAUUCUGCCUGUUAACGAGAUAACUAAGUGUAGGCGAAGGGGGGCUAACGUCUUACGGAACAAAGGAUUUGCAGCCUUUAUAGGACUGUAUAACGAAGCAAACUACGUAUCUGGCAAAUCUCAAACGACAUAGAAAUAUGGUUCACAAGAAUUGAUCCAAAGCUGUGACAAAACACGUCGCUGAAGUUGUGCCAAACACCCACUUUAUUUUUAUUAUUAUUUGCUCUUAAAUAAAGAGUAGAAAAAAUUAUAUGUCACCUCACAACAGUUAUGUCCUCGCUCUACUGAAAAUGAGCAGGGUAGUGACCCAACUAGACAAAAGCAGUAUUAGGGUCAACGUUUUACCGUUCCGCUGUUGAGAUGCGUGAAGACGUACUUCAAUCCAAUGUUUUCCGUCCUAGUACUUUGGAUGUUAACAGUUAGUUCUGUCAGCUGAUAUUUUAACGGACGCUAUUUUCUUUAUUAUUAUCACUACGGAGGAGGAUAGAAUUUUUAUUAUGAUAAUUAUGACACAUAAUUAAUAAAUUUUAUAUUAAUUUGAACAGAAAUUCACUUGAUUACAGAAUUCAGCUACGAGGCCUCGACUAAUGAUUAAUAUUAUUACUCUAACUGUUAUCGUUAGUAUUGUAAUUGACUUAUCAAUUGGACUAUUUAUUCACUGCGAAUUAUUGGUGAAAAAUUUAACGGGAAAUAUUUUUGAGCCUGUUUAUUUCGUUUUCUUUCAAGAUGUUUGCCAUGAGUGCCUUGUCAUAUUUGUUAUUUAUUUCGAUGAUGCAUUUAUCACAUUCAUGAAAUCCUAUCCUCGUACAUGACAUCACCAAUAUUUCAUUAUUUCAUGCCAGUACGCGUACGAAUGUGCAAAUUUUUUGACGGUGACCACGAAACAGCGGAAGACAAUAUAAAAACACCGACGUGCGCCCUAUAACCAAUAAAUCAGUAUCUGCACGACAUACUUCUCAGGCUUAGAAAAGUUGCUGAAGCAAGCCAAUUUUAAUCUGGAAGAGUUGACAAGCGUUAUUAACUCUGUUAUGCUGAGUUCUGACGGCUUUUAUUAGCUAUAGACCUAAAUAGGUCAUAGAUCUUCGUCGCACAUAUACAUGCAGCUAGAGUCACACGCAGUAACAAUUUUUUGUUACCGCUAAUUUUUCAGAACACUUAUUAUUAACUUACUUAUUAGCUUAAUUGAAGUAAACAUAUAGCCGAUAAAAAUAUAGUAGUUAUGUGAACUAAUUAAACUAUUUAACUUAACGAAUAGUCGUUAUUACAGUAAUAGUUAAAAUAAAUUUAGACAUACGUACGCUAUAGUAAUCUAAAAAAAUGUUAUGGAAAAACAAUUAAAACAUGUUGGUGCAAGCGGCGAUAGCAAGCAAACCACAAACACCAUAUACAGAUAUAUACAUUACUAUAUACAUAUAUAUAAAGGCUGCGGUAUUUACGUACUAAUGCUGCGUUGUCAAGUUAUACAGAAAUGGAGUAGGAAAGAGUGAGAGAAAAAGAAACCGGAGUCGAUAAUGAUAUUCAGAAAAAGUGGGUUGAUUCGACAGAUUGACUGAUUUUGAGUGGACAUGUUGAAACGAGUUGGAAAAUAAAGUAAAAAUUGUUGGUUUGUAUAUGUUUUGUUGAUGUUUGGGUGGGGUAAAUUUUUUUAUCGUUAAUAUGCAGUUGAAGGGGUCAAGCAAAAUGAGGGACUGUUAU